AUGAAGCUUGAACACAAUCUAGCGCUGCCGCUGUCACUGCACCUGGCCCCAGCGGCGAAUCGCGAGUCGCUGUUCUCGGCCGGGCCUCGGGCGGUUUACCCAGGCAAGGCGCGCCGCGGACGGACAGGAGCGGUCAAGUUGGAAACGACCGUUGCGAUGGCGUCGGCAGCUGGGCUGGCUAGCGGCAUCCGUGAUGCGGCCCCGAAUCCACAGACUGUGCCGCCGAUACUCCCGACAUGUCUGCCGAGUCUCGGCUGGCCUGGCAAGUUGCGCGCGAGGGCGGUCGAGUACUGGGUACCAAGCGAGGUGGGCGAGCUUCCGCACGAGCCACGAUGUGUGGUGUACUGGGUGCGGAGCACAGCACGGACGGCGCACAACUGGGCGCUGCAUGCAGCGAUGCGCGAGGCCGAGGCUACGCGACUGCCGCUGCUGGUAAUCGCACUCGUCAGCACGAACGAGGCUGCGACUGUGAACGCGGUGAUGCAGUUCCUUGCUGUGGUUGCCGACCGUUGGCGAGUGCCGACACUAGCGAUGAUGGUUCCACCCAAGGUCGAUGACCAUGUGGGUCUGUUGCUCCAACUCCUGACCGCCUUUGCACCGCUCUACGUCUUUACUGACGUCCCGCUUGCUGGACCGGCCGAUCCGCUGCUGGAGGCUGUUGCCGCGCAAUUGGCGGCAAACGGCAGUGCACCGCUGUUUGGCUUUGAAUCUGACGCAUGUCUUCCGCACACGGCACUUCCGCGGGCGCGGGUGGUGCCCAAGGCGGAGCUCGGCGCCGCGCUCGAGGUCAAGCAGCGGGUCUGGGUCUCGGACACGCUCUCGAUGGGCGACAAAGUCCAUCCAGCACUGCCUGCUCAGAUCGCCGCACCGCUCUUCCAGUACGGCUCUGAUAGUGAGCUGUUCCUCCCAACGGCUCUGAUGAACGACCCUCGCUUUGCGGCGUGCAGGCGGCUGGCUGCCAUCGAGCCGCGGGCAGGUGCGGACGUCGACGCCGAGGCCAAACGAGUGCUCGGGCUAGACCUCGGGCGGCUAUUUCUUCAAGCGACCACUGCACCAGUGAUACCGCUACUGGCAGAUGUGCGACACGGUGCGCUUUCGGGGCCAUCGGUUGUUGUGGCAUGCAUCCGGGCCGGCUGCUCGAUGGCGACGCGGCACGCGCUUAUGGACGCCUUUGUGGUCGAUCGGGAGGCUAUGGCAAGGAUGGCGGCGUACGCUCCACUGGACGGCGGCUACCUCUCUCUUCCGGCCUGGAUCCGCGAUAGCCUCGAGGCGCAUGCGGACGACACCCGCGACGCCGAGUACACCGUGUCAGACCUGCGCGAGUUGCGUGUACAUGACCGGCUCUGGCUCUCGAUCCAGGCAGUGUUCACUCGGCUCAAGGUCAUACCUCAUCCUGUCCUUCGUGGCUACUGGGCGUCGCGCUUUUUGCGAUGGUUUGCUAGCCCGAGCGAGGCGUUUGCGGCGGCGAUGGAGUUGUACGCAGUGACUAGAGGCAUGCCCGCACUCGACGCGCUGUCGGUGGUCGAAGUGGCGAGCCCUGGUUUCGGACUCGGCACGCAGCCGGGAGCAGCAGAGGUCCCUGUGUUCGGGCGUGUUAUCGAGGUGGAUGCCAGCGUUGUGCGCGCGACACUUCAGAUCGACUCGCUCCAACCGUAUUUGGUUCAUUCGUGAUGUGCAGGGGAAGCUUAUUGGCCGGGGUAGAUGAUGCGUCCGUUGACCGGAGCGACCCACACCGUCUCGUGUGUGGCCUUGGAGAAGUAAUAGUAUGCGUUGUGCGGCGG